AAUAUUAAGUAUACAUGUUCUGUAAUUAACUAUAAGAAAAAAGUAAAUUUGACCUAACGGAUUAGCGGUUAGUGGUAAUCAGUUUAUUUUAAAUUCUAGGUGUGACGUUAAUAUUUUUCACUAUCUAAAUUAACAAUAAUAAUCGAUUACACCUUAUAUUCUUUUAUUUAUAACAGUCGUUUUAUCAUCAAAUUUUGUUCUUACACAAUUAUAACUUUUUUAUUACUGUAUAAGUUAGCUAACAGUGACAAAACCCAUAAUUAAUUUGUCACAACAUGGCUCCAAAUACUAAUGCUGAGGAGGAUAAUUUGACAUGUGUUCUUUAUGGUGUUAGAGAUCUUCGACUUGAACAACGCCCUAUUCCAGAACCCGGUGAAAAUGAAGUGUUAUUAAAAAUUCAGUGUGUUGGAAUUUGUGGUUCGGAUGUCCAUUAUGUGGUUCAUGGAAAUAUUGGCAAUUAUAUUGUAAAAUCACCAAUGGUUAUUGGUCAUGAAGCCAGUGGGAUUGUUGUUAAAACUGGCACAGGUGUCACAGACCUAAGUGUUGGUGAUAGAGUAGCUAUUGAACCAGGUGUUUCAUGUCGCAAAUGUCAGUUUUGCAAAAUUGGCAAGUACAAUCUGUGCCCGAGUAUGAAAUUUUGCGCAACUCCACCUGUAGAUGGAAAUUUAACCCGCUAUUUUAUACAUGCAGCUGAUUUUUGUUACAAAUUACCGGAUCAUAUGACAUUAGAAGAGGGAGCAUUAUUGGAACCCCUUUCAGUAGGAGUCCACGCUUGUAAAAAAGCUAAUAUUACAGUUGGCUCUUCAGUACUUAUUUUAGGUGCUGGACCAAUUGGUUUAGCCACACUGGCUACAGCAAAAGCUAUGGGAGCAUCGCAAAUCUAUAUUACUGACCUCACUGAAUAUAGAUUAAAUUUGGCUAAAGAUAUGGGGGCUACCAAAACAAUUCAAAUUAAAAAAAAUGACUCAGAUGAAGAAGCUUUAAAUUACGUUAGAAAUGAAAUGGGUAAUGAAUUACCCGAUGUCACUUUAGAUUGUACUGGUUUUCAACAGACAAUAAAAAUGGGAAUAGAGAUAACAAAAUCUGGAGGAGUGUUGGUCAUUGUAGGAAUGGGAGCAUCAGGUGUGGUUCAGUUACCAUUAUUUAAUGCAUUAUCUCGCGAAGUGGAUAUCAAAGGAGUUUUUCGCUAUGCUAAUGACUAUCCAAAUGCUUUGGCAAUGAUAGCUUCAAAACAAGUCAAUUUAAAACCAUUGAUUACUCAUCAUUUUAAAAUUGAAGAUUCAUUAAAAGCUUUUGAGACAGCAGAAACUGGGGCUGGAGGGGCCAUCAAAGUUAUGAUUCAUUUGGAUGAAACUGGAGAUUCAUAAUUUUUUACCAAAAUAGUUAUAAUAAUAAAAACCAUUUGUUUAUUCCAAUAACCAAUACUUAACUUUUGAUUUAAAAACUAAUUUGCAUAUUAUUCUGCACUAAUGUUAAAAAAUAAAAUAGAUAAUUUUUAAAUUACAAUUUAAUACAAUACUAUAAUAUUUGUUAAUGCACUGUUAAUUUAAGUUUUUAAAUAUUAUCAUGUCAUAACUAAUAAAUGUUAUUUUUACAGCAAGAUAUAUUUUUUCUUCAAUAAAACUUUAUUUUUGUUGAAAAACAUAACCCAUUUUAAUGAUGUGUAACCCUUACAAGAAGUGGGGAUGAUAAUUCAUUUUUUUAAUGUAUAAAACCUAUUCAUCAAAAAAUGUAUUACCAUAAGUAAUAAAUAU